CCCAGUGCACAGAGUGUUACAUGCCAUCUUUACACCAAUGGGUAUUUUUGGAAAAUGUAAUGUCACUGCAAAGCCGGACAGUUUGAAGUGUUUCUUGCAAAAAAUGCCAGCUGUGGAUUUAAUCGCGGCGUUUCCUCCGGCAUCGCCAGUAUCCUUCCCGUAAAAGGGGCACUGGGAAUACGGCCGUCUGUAUGAUUGCAUUAAGCGGUGGGGACUGCGGCUGUCAUUGAUCUGGUUGUAGGAGCGGAUACAGAGACACACCGGAAAGAUGCUGUGCGAGGUGAUGCCCACCAUCAGCGAGGACACGGCGGCCGGCCAGCGCGGCUCCCAGAGCAGUGCCUCGGACCCGGACUCGCAUUUCGAGCAGCUGAUGGUCAACAUGCUGGACGAGCGCGACCGGCUGCUGGACACGCUGCGCGAGACGCAGGAGAGCCUGGGGCUGGCUCAGCAGCACCUACAGGACGUCAUCUACGACCGCGAUUCGCUGCAGAGGCAGCUGAGCUCCGCCCUGCCUCAGGUGAACCAUCCAGACUUGCUUUGGAAUACAGAAGUCAGCACAGUACUGUCCAGGUACACAAGAUUGACGAACCCCAAAGGGCAACAUGUUCAUAUUAGAAGAAUGCACUCAUCAUAUGAGGAGGAUUCAAGAUGGAGCAACGUCUCUGGCAUUGUGAACGAUGGCUUUGCAAACCACAUUUACCUGUCAUAAUCCAUACCCAACCUGACUGCUAUGUAAAUGGUCAUAGUAACAGUUGUGAUACGGCACUGUAGAAUCGCACAUGGUUUUCUUCAUGCUCAAAUAAGUCUCUUCCUUCUGCCUCUGUACUUGUGAAUCAUCAGCUUUCAAACAG